AUGUUUCCUGUACGGCAACAGCUACGAUCGGAAUGUGGUAGUGCAUUCAUCUAUUUCUUCGCCACAUUCUUAGCAAUGGUCACUGCUGCUGUACUGCAGAAUAACAGACAUUCAGAACAUAUUUUGGGUAACUGGCCAGAAUUUAUUGCAAAUCAUGGAAUUAGCAAAAUGGAACCACAAAAGGAAAGUGCUAAACUAACUGCAAAUAGGUGGACAACCGCUGAGGAUUUGCUCCUGGGAAAGAAUGCCCGGAUACGUGAAGGCGACAUCAUGCUCACAAAGGAGCAAGAAAAGUUUUGGAAGCAGAACCGGAAGUUCAAAAUGGCUUUCAAUUUCGAAAACGCAAGAAAUGACCGUUUCAAGCGGCAAGCAUAUCAUGACAACUCCAACUAUCCAUAUUAUUUCUGGGAGAAUGGCACCAUACCAUACAGCUUUCAACCAGGCUUAUGUAAGUCAUAG